GCCCCUUCCGGGGCCUUCUCCGUCGCGGCGUCGCUCGUGUGCAUGGUAUUCGCCUUGGGCGACGUGUCGGGGGGGCACUUCAACCCAGCGGUGACCACUGCGAUCCUCGCGAUCAAGAAGAUCGAGGCAAGGGAGGCUGUCAUCUACUGGUGCGCCCAGAUAGUCGGCGGGAUCUUGGCCGCCUGCACCUACACGGCCAUCUACGAAGGGAAGAGCCUGGGUUUCCGAAAGGGGUUCGGCCCUGGAGAGGGAUACGGCUUGGGCGAGGUUGCAGCGGCCGAGAUCUUCUUCACGUUCGUUCUGUGCUUCGUCGUGCUCAGUGUCGCCUGCUCGCCCAGCGCCGGCACCGGCAGCUACUCGGAGGUGUUCGGGCUCGCCAUCGGCUCCUGUGUCACAGUGGGCGGCUUUGCGGCUGGCUCGAUCUCCGGCGGCAGCCUGAACCCUGCUGUGUCUUUUGCAAUCGCGACCGAGUUCUGGGCCGGUUACUACACGGUUUUCGAGCUAGCUGGCGCGUGCGCCGCGGCGCUCGUGUACUGCCUGACGCACGCCGCGGAAGGGGAGGGCGAGGAGUCGGAGAAGGGCUCGGGCGAUGA